CAGUGUCAGUGCUUGGUAUAGACCUGUGCAUGCCUGCGGGGCAUUCCAAGCGCCGCCCUUUGUCUCUGGAUCCGUAUAUCUCUGUCCUUUUGUGCCACUCUUCUUCUGUCUAAACCUCUCGCUGGACGACCCCGCAACGUCUGUAUCAAUAUUCGCGCUAUGGCUGCCUCAUCUCCCCAACUCGCUCGACAGUCCCUCCGACUGUUGAUAGAUCCAAAGGACACUCUCUUCCGUCACGUCACGAGCGAAUCUUCCACCACGACCCCGUCUUCAGCCUCUGGCUUUCGCAAGGGGACCUGGAAUUACGAGUCGCCCUCCGGAGAAUCAUACGAGAGGAUAUGCUCCGUGCUAUGUCUUUAUGACUUUAAUUCAUCGGAUUCCGACCAUCUGUCCUUUUCAAAAAACGAAAUAUUGGAGAUUGUGAGGAAGGAGGAUUCCGGGUGGUGGGCUGCGGUGCGUAAAGAUGGAAGUGAAGUGGGCUGGAUACCCGCUUCCUACGUUCGUGCUCUCCCGGAGGACGUUGCAGAGAAGGUUCAUCAUUUGCAAGAGGAGACCCAGAUACCGCACUACAAUCCUGAUCGAAUAUCCAGGUCGGCGCCUCCCAGUCUGAAGCCCUCCCUCGAUUCCCCAUUGUCUUCCGCCCUCGAUUACACGGACGAUGAGGCCCUGGACACCAAUAAGGCCAAUGCCAUGAACUUCUUUCCUGGUACGGACUCAUCGCCGACGGACGGUGACAAGGACCUGCACGAUUUCCGUCUUCCUACAGAUUCUGGUCUGGAGGAUUCCCCGAUAGACGCGUUCAACCUACGACAUUAUCCAUCAUCGCCCCUGCCUCGCCCACCAGAACUACAGGCGCGCCGGCUCGACAAGUCUCUAUCACCAUCACCAUCGCCUCUCUCAGCUGCACUUGACUUAGAUGAUCUUAAAUCUGGUAUCCACGCCCGUAGUGCCUCAAACCCUACCCUUCCAGCUUCUAAUAAUCGCAACCUCCGACGGCGCCCUCUCAUUCUUGACGAUCAGUCGUCUCUCCAGCGACUCUCAGCCCUCAUUCAAGCCCACGAUAUCAAGGAACUCGACUUGCUUGCCAGUCCUGAUCUCGAAAGCCCGACUGACCCGACUCCUCCGCAGGCGCUAUCUCUUCCCCGACCGGGCAAGAUCAAACAGUUGACUGGUGAUGAUGAUGCACAAGCAUUUCACAAUGCGAAACUCGCUCAGGCAAAUCUCCCGUGGUAUCUACGGCCCAAGUAUGGUGAUGAUGAAAUCAAGUUAGAGUACGAUGGGAGUGUCAAGGCCGGAACGCUUCCCGCACUCGUCGAGCGGCUUGUUAUCGACCCCCUUCGGCUCUCACAACAGGAAACAUUCAGACACGUUUUUCUCACCACGUUCAGGACUUUCGCUUCUGCCAAUGAGGUCUAUGAUCUCCUUAUCUCUCAUUACGAGAUGGACGCGCCCAAGGGCCUCAGCACGGAGGCUUUCGAGGAUUGGAAGAAAAGAAAACUACGACCGACGCAGAAACGCGUGCUAUCUGUCUUGACGAUAUGGCUUGAGGACCAUGACAUGCUUAACCAAGACCCUGAUAUCCCUCCUCGUCUCCAAGAGUUUCUGUCGCUGAUACACUCACCGGCAUCUCUGACGUUGACCGCGAAGCAUGUGCUGAUUUCGCUAGAACGUUUGACUUUCGCCGAUCCAAAUCCGCCGGAUGCGGUCACACCUUUGCAAAAGCGGUGGAGGAACAAGGUACGAAAGUACGAGUCCUACGAGCUGCUUCGGAUGGAUCCGUUGGAUAUAGCACAGCAUCUCAGCGUCUUUGAGCAUCGAUUGUAUGCAAAAAUUCGCGCAACCGAAUGCCUCACGUGGACGAGAAAGCAAGUCGGGAACGACGUGAAGAACAUGGCGGCUUUUUGCGCCACGCAUAACAAGCUAUCCGACUGGGUCAAGUCGAGUAUCCUGGAGAUCGACGGCCUCAGUAAACGAGCAUCGGCGGUCGAUUUCUGGAUACGAAUCGCGGAGAAGUGUAAAUCGCUGCACAAUUAUUCCUCCAUGACUUCGAUCGUGGCUGCGCUCUCGAGUUCGCUUAUUUCUCGCUUGCACUUCACAUGGGUCCAUACGGCCCGAGAAUCGCAUCUAGAAUCUCUGUUGAAGUUCAACGUCCCCGCCGGCAACUAUUCAUAUUACCGUUCUGUGCUGGACAGAGUUGACGGCCCUUGCGUGCCCUUCAUCGGCAUGUAUGUGAAAAACAUGCUGCACAUAGACGCCGAACACGGGGAUCACAUCGGUGUCCCUUACCCCUCGUCGCCUGGAGGGCAUCGCGCCCUCAUUCACUUUGUGAAACGACAGCAGUGGUACGAUAUCGUCACGGCCAUUCUCCGCUUCCAAGGGAAGCCGUACUCGUUUGCCGAGAAUCAGGCGACGACGAAUUUCAUCCAGUCUCAGAUGACGAGUACGACGGGGAAGGACGAGCGGUGGUACUGGAGCCGGAGCGACGAAUUGCAACAAGCGGAGCUUGUUCACGCAGAUAUCAGGAAGGGUCUGGAGGCGGCUGGGUUUUGAUGGCUCUUGUUCGUGGAUUUCCGAAGUCUCUCUCUUUCGCCUUCAUCGACUCCAAAACUCGUUCUUGCUUUCUGCCCACUAAUAUUGUUGCGUUUUCCACCUUGUUUUCCCUCGCCAGACGGUGAGGUUGCUUACUGUACUUCCGUGCCAUUCGCGGCUUUUUUUAUGUUGUAAAGGAUAUGUAUGCUAAUUUGUCUAUGCUCUCACUAAGUACCGACUUCAUUGUGAUCUAUGCAAUCUGGCUGAUGUUAUUUAGAUUCUUACUCUC